AUGGACCCUCAAUAUGUCAACUCUUUGGAGGAGACUUUGAAGCAGACGCUCACUCCGGACUCGGCGGUUAUCAAGCAGGCGGUUCAGAAAUUGAGCAAGGAUUUUUACACACAACCUCAAGCUUUGCCUUCGUUGCUCCAGAUUAUCCAACAAUCACAGCAGGAUGAAAUCAAGCAAUUAGCUGCCGUCGAAGCUAGAAAGUUGGCCAUAGACAACUGGGAGAAAGUUGACGCCUCGUUGAAACCCGGUAUCAGGGACUCGCUUUUGAAUGGCACAUUUAAGGAGCAGAACAAACGUCUCAGAAACUUGUCGGCUCGUGUGGUGGCAGCCAUUGCCGAGGUGGAUCUUGAUGGCAACGAGUGGCAAGAUCUCUUGCCCAACUUGAUUGCUGCGAUCCAGAGCACCGACGUGAGGUCUAGAGAAGUGGCAGCAUUUACUUUAUACGCAUUGUUGGAGUCGCAAAUAUCGGCGUUGCUUCCUCACAUUGACGAUUUUGUGACGUUGUUUGGUGCAUUGACACGUGAUCCAGACUCGAAAGAAGUCAGGGUCAAUGCCGUUUCGUCUUUGGACGUUAUUGCGCAGAUUAUCGAAGACGAUGACGAUGAAGAGUCACAGUUGGCUGAAAAAUACAAGGCUACCAUUCCGGGCAUGGUUGAAGUUUUGAAAGAGGUUGUCGCUUCGGAUGACUCGGAACUGGCCAGACAGGUGUUUAAUGUUUUCAACAGUUUGGUCUUGAUUGACUCGAGACUUGUUGGAGACCACUUGGUGAGCUUGAUCCAGAUUAUUAGUCAAAUGGUGACAAACACUGACUUGGAGGAGGAAUAUAGAGUGUUUGGCUUGCAAUUCUUGAUCUCGUGUGUUAGCUACAGAAAGGCCAAGGUGUCGGCAAACAAGUUGGGCCCUCUGAUGACGAUGGUGGCAUUGAAAGUUGCCACAGAACCAAUUGAUGUGGAAGAAGAGUUGGAAACAGAGGACGUGGAGAAUGAAAAUGAAGAGAGCUCGCCGUCAUCCUUGGCGUUGAGGUUGCUCGCAGUCUUGUCGGCAGAAUUGCCGCCAUCCCAGGUGAUUACUCCAUUGUUUGAGGCAAUUCCUCCGUUGUUGACCUCGGCCAACGAGUUUGAAAGACGUGCAGCACUCUUGGCAAUCGGCAACUGUUCAGCUGGUGCACCGGACUACAUUGCGUCGCAAAUCCAGAAAAUCAUGCCGGCAUUGAUUAGCGGAUUGAAAGAUUCGCAAAUCAUCGUGAGGGUUGCAGCUCUCAGAACCUUGUCUCAGCUUACUUCGGAGCUUCAAGACAUUGUCACCGACCACCACGAGGAGCUUUUGCCCUUGAUUAUUGCAAUCAUUGACUCUGCUUCUUCGGUAAUGGCUUACAAAUACGCAUGUAUCGCGUUGGAUGGAUUGAUUGAGUUUAUGAGCCAUGACGCCAUGAGCAAAUAUAUCGAGCCUUUGAUGCACAAAUUGUUCCACAUGUUGCUGCAAGCAAACACCGCCACCUUAAAGACAGCCAUUGUGUCUGCUAUUGGUUCAACUGCUUUUGCUAGUGGCAAAGCUUUUACACCAUACUUCCAGGGCUCGAUUCAACAAUUGGAACCUUUUGUUACCAACUUGGCCUCGGUCGAAGGUAUGAGCGAAGAUGAUAUUGAAUUGAGAGCAACGACUUUUGAAAACAUUUCUACCAUGGCUAGAGCUGUCGGUUCGCAAACAUUUUCCGUUUACGCGAAACCAUUGGUCGAGGCCGCCUACAACUCGUUAACCUCUGAGCAUUCAAGAAUCAGAGAAUCAGGAUUUGCGUUUAUUGCAAACAUGGCUAAAGUCUAUGGCGCUGAGUUUGCUGGAUUUUUGGACCAGAUUGUUCCACAAAUCAUUACAUGUUUGGGCCAAGACGAGUUUAGCUUCAACAUCGAAGGUGCUGCUGGUGGUGAUGGUGAAGAUGACGAGGAUGAGCUAGAGGAAUCCGAAGUUGAUCCAUUAAAAGUCCACACUGGCAUCACCAUUGAAAAAGAGAUUGCAUCUGUGGCUCUUGGUGAGUUGGCCAUUGGUACCGGAAAGGAGUUUUUCAAGUAUGUCGAGCCAUCUGUCCAAGCCUUGGCUGACCAAGUUGAAAACUCUUUUGGCAUGAGAGAAGCUGCCAUGAGUUGUUUGUUCAAGAUUGCCAAAGCCAUGUUUAUUGCGGUGCAAGGAAACGACUUCAAGCCUCCAAAGGGCGUGCCAGCUCAGCCAUACGUUGACUCUAACAUUUUGGGGUUGGUAAAACAGGUUAGAGAUAUUGCUAUUCCUCUUUUGGAUGAGGAGUUUGAGUCGACAAUGGUUGCCUGCAUUCUCGAUGGCACUGCCAGCUCACUUCAAGUGUUUGGUUCGAUUUUCAUCAUUGACAGUCCUGCUGACACAAAGAGUUUGGAGCAAUUGUGCUUUGCCUUGAUGAACUUGUUGAAGAAGGAACACCCUUGUCAACUAGAAGAGGAAGAGCUUCCCGAAGAAGAGGAUGCCUCUGAAACAGAUGUGAUGCUCAACGAGGCUGCGUUGGAAGUGUUGAUUAGCUUGUCUAUUGCCUUGGAAGGAGACUUUGUCAAGAUUUUCACCUCGUUCAAGGAUGUCAUCUUGGCCAAGUUCAACAGCUCAUCCAAGCCAAUGAAGGUUGGAUCAAUUGGUGCCAUUGCCGAGAUGGUUAGCGGCAUGAAGUCCUUGAACCCUUACUCCAAGGAAUUGUUGAGCGUUUUUGUUGAGAAAUUGGCCACCGAUAAAUCCAUCGAAGUCAAGGGAAAUGCCGCCUACGGUAUCGGCUUGCUCGUCGAAUACAGCACCGAGGACGUUUCAUCAUUGUAUCCUCAAAUUCUCGAGUUGCUUUUCCACUUGUUGAGCAAAGCAGACAGUCAGUCGAGCUCGGUAGAUGACGAAGAGGCUAGAGACGUGGUCAACCGUGCCUACGCCAAUGCUAGUGGAUGCGUCUCGAGAAUGAUUUUGAAGAACCAACAGGCUGUGCCAUUGGAACAUGUGGUUCCUGCCCUUUUAAGCCAUUUGCCAUUAGAGACCGGCUUGGAAGAGAACACCCCGAUCUUCGAGGCAAUCAUCAAGUUGUACGAGACCAACAAUGAAACAAUUGUUUCACAAACUCCAAAAGUCGUGGACAUUUUCGCCAAGGUCUUCAAAGCUGAUGGAGAAAGAACCAAGUUAAUUGAGGAAAGCACAUUGGGUAGAGAGGAAAACAUCGAUGCGAUGAAACAAUUCUCAAGCGAGCAAUUAAAGUCAAAAGUCAUUGAGCUUUUGAAAUUCUUGAAUCAAAAGUACGACGGCGUAGUUUCUUCCAACGCAGAGUUGAAAGCUCUUAUUUAA